GAGAAGAUAGGCAAAGAUCGUGCACAAUCGAGUGUAGGUUUAAAAGAUGGUAGCGUUUCCAUGUUGAUAAACCGCUGCAGGUCAACAUCAACAACGUAACUAGAAGUGAUUAUUCAUAUACGCUAUUUAUACUAUUUGAUCACAAACUCGGUGUUUACUUAAGUGUUAGACCAAAGUCUUUCAAAAAUGCCCGAACGAGAACGAGGGGAGCGAGAGACGGAGUCUUUCUCUAACCCUCUGGCUCCGGAUGGCCAUGAGGUGGAGGAUCACCGAUCAGCUCUUCAGUCCAAGCUGACCAAUGAGGACUUCCGUAAGCUGUUGAUGACCCCACGGGCCACCCCUUCCUCAGCUCCCCCCUCCUCCAAAUCGUCCAGACACCAUGAAAUGCCCCGAGACUACAAUGAAGAGGAUGACCCUGCAGCUCGUAGGCGGAAGAAGAAAAGCUACUACGCCAAGCUGCGUCAGCAGGAAGUAGAGAGAGAGCGGGAGCUGGCCGAGAAGUACAGAGACCGCGCCCGCGAGCGCCGCGAUGGUGUCAACAAGGACUACGAAGAGACAGAGCUCAUCAGCACCACAGCCAAUUACAGGGCAGUGGGACCCACAGCAGAGGCGGAUAAAUCGGCAGCUGAAAAGAGGCGGCAGCUUAUCCAGGAGUCGAAGUUCUUGGGUGGUGACAUGGAGCAUACUCACUUGGUGAAAGGGUUGGAUUUUGCCCUGCUGCAGAAGGUACGCGCCGAGAUCACCAGCAAGGAGAAGGAGGAAGAGGACAUGAUCGAUAAAGUAACAAAGGAAGUCAAGAAAGAGAUCGAACCCGAGGAGAAAAUAGAGUUCCAGACACGUCUAGGGAGGAACAUCUACAGGAUCCUGUUCAAGGGCCGUCAGUUCGAGAGGAACGAGCUGUUCCUACCCGGCCGCAUGGCCUACGUGGUGGACCUGGAGGACGAAUACGCCGACACAGACAUCCCCACCACUCUGAUCCGCAGCAAGGCCGACUGCCCCACCAUGGAGGCUCAGACAACUCUCACCACCAAUGACAUUGUCAUCAGUAAGCUGACCCAGAUCUUGUCCUACUUGCGACAAGGGACCCGCAACAAGAAGAUGAAAAAGAAGGACAAAGGAGGAGUGAAAAUCGAUGAGAAGAAAGUUCCCGGACCAGAGGCAGACGUGAGCAUCUUUGAUGACAUCGGAGACUAUGCACCAUCCACCUCCAAGGCCAUCCGCGACAAGGAGAAGGAACGUUUCCGGGAGAAGGAGAGAGAGAGGGAGCGAGAGAGGGAGAGGGACAAGGAGGAGGAGAAGAGACGCCACAGCUACUUUGAGAAACCCAAACCAGAUGACGAUGAGGCCUUGGAGAUCGAAACCGGUCCAUCGUCAGUGAAAGACCAGAUCAAGCUGAUCAAUGAGAAGUUCGCCGGAGCUGCCGUCCCCCAGUGGCCUGGAGAAACUGCUGGGUCUCGUGGGGAGAAGAAGCACCUCGGGGACUUCUUUGGCAUGUCCAACAGCUAUGCGGAGUGCUACCCAGCCACUAUGGAUGACUUGGCCGUGGACAGCGACGAAGAGGUGGACUACAGCAAGAUGGACCAGGGCAACAAGAAGGGUCCUCUGGGUCGCUGGGACUUUGACACGCAGGACGAGUACAGCGAGUACAUGAACAACAAGGAGGCCCUGCCCAAGGCUGCAUUCCAGUAUGGCAUCAAGAUGUCUGAGGGGAGGAAGACUCGCCGCUUCAAGGAGACCAAUGAGAAGGCAGAGCUGGACAGGCAGUGGAAGAAGAUCAGCGCUAUCAUCGAGAAGAGGAAGAAGGCUGAGGCCGACGGGGAGAAACCAAAGAGGCCGAAGUAUUGAUGUCCUUGCCCCUACGUCUUUUGGAACAACGUGAAAAAUCUUGCAAUAUAUGUAUGCUAGGAAUCCUGUUUGUAUUUUAUAGAAAACUAUAUUGUGUAUUGUUUUGAUUACUUUUUAUCUUUCUGUUUGGAAGUCUAACCGUCAAUGAGAAUUAGAGCACACGGUUUUUGCAGCUUUUACAGAAACUCCUUCAAAAACAGAUCAAUGUCUUUAUUGGGUAAUAUCAAAUAAAUAAUAGGGGGAAAAAAACAGG